AUGGACAAGGAGGUGAUAAAAUAUCGUAAGUUUCUUUAUUUUUUCCUUGUGUUUUAGGUGUAAAACGGUACAAACCGCUAGAAUAGAGAGUUUUGAACGUUCGGGAACAAAAUUUUCUUUUGAUUGGGACCAAAUUAUGCUUGCUCCAACCUUUUUUUAAAGAAUUUUGGAUAUAUUUUUAUAUUAUCCAUUGUAAAAUUGUUCUCAGGUAUUCGCGAGGCUUGGAUAGCAUUCUCUGAUGCCAAAUUCAGUACGCCAAUUGAUAAUGUAACAAAUCGUCUGAUUUCGGAGUUUGUCUUUCAAAUGAUCGACCGGCUGAUGGAGUUCACAGGAACAGAUGUUUUCCUGAAGAAGGCGGAAGAACUACACGAGUAUGCAAUGUUGCGAAAGGAGGAACUUGCUCUGGCCAUUCGACCACGCGACGUAGAGAGAUUCCAGCAGUAUAUUGAUUAUGUAAGAGGAGUGUUUACCUAAUUUUACAUCUGGCCUCAUGGAUAAUAUAAAAACCGUUUUAGUUGAAGAAAUCAGACUUUGAGAGGUAUAAUGAGCCAAAGUUUGAGCAUGGACUACCGUUUAUUUUGACUGUGGAAGAGAUAAAACGGCUGAAUGAUAACAUGAAACGUCAAGUUGAAGAUCCGGUAUGUGCAAUAUUUUUUUUGUUUCGCAUGCUUUAGGCUGAGACUGAAGCAAGACACCAAAAAAUUCGAGCGCUGCCGGACAGUUACGAUGAGCUGUAUGAUGGAGGAGUCCCAGCACCUCGUUUUCCCUCAUCGUCGCGGCAUGUUGAAUAUGAAUCGAAAGCCGAGGCGAUCAAGAGCGGAUUCCUGUCGAAGCUCGAAUUUUUUCCUUCCAAUCCAAGAACAGCUCAUUUCCCGCCUGUGAAUUCAGCGGUAAGAGGAUUUUUGAUUUGUUUUUUGUUAGUUUAGGUCCAAAGCCACAUUGUUUCAUAUCGACCAAAUUUUUUUGGGUGUUCAGGUGUCGAAGACAGCCGAAAGUCAUUCGAGCUCGGCAAAGUUGAACCCUCCGUUGUUUCGGCCAGCAAAUAUGAUAAGUUCCGCGACUUCCGCUCCUUCUGGAUCAGGUUUUGGGAGUAUGGGUAACAAAGCCAAAGAGAAGAUCCAGAACAGUUCGAAAGAGGCCUCCCCAAUUCCUGUGGAUGAGACUUGGGAGAAGACGUCAACUGACAACUUUAGUAGUGAAAGUCUGCGAGAAAAAACGGCGGAGGAACGAGCUAUGGACCGGCCCAGCAGGACCAUGGAUAAUAUCGAAAUUCCCCGAGAUUUUCGAGGAAGAUCGGUCGAUUCAAACGCCGAAAGAGGUCUUGUGAAUUCCAUGGCUGGCCUUCAUAUUUCGCGAGACAGUCGUGGGAAAUCAGUGGACCGAAGCAGCCAAUUGAGCAGGUCAAGUGUCAUGGAUAAGAUCAGAAAAAUCUGCGACGAAGUUGAGAAGAAAGCAGUGGAACUGGAGAAGUUAAGAGCUGGACAGACUGUGGAUACUUUGAAGCAUUCAUGUCACCAUUCUCGAGGGGAAAUGAUCGAUUUGAAAGGCCCAGAAGUUCAGAAGACCAAGGAGAAUAUCGACUGGAAGGCACAAAAUUCCGAUGGGAAAUUUUCGAUGGCCGAGAGCGUGCAGGACAUUGGUAGACAUCAGGAGGCUUUGGCAGACAUCAGGAAGCAAUAUGAAGAAUAUUUGAAGACAUUGGGGAAGAAAAAAGACCAAAGGACCAAGGAUAAUAUAAAAAUUUCUCAGAACUCCACGGAAAACCUUGGAGAAGUGCAAGCACAGAAUAAAAGAAGACCUGUGAGAGUUAUCAGACAGAAUUAUAGCGAGCGGCGAGAGAAAUCGGAAGAUUCAUACGGUCAAUUAACAGGGGAAGUACUUCAAGUGUGACGCUCAGAUUUUCUUUAAAUUUUGCACACACAUCGGGUAUGGACUAAAUAUCAAUUCCUGAAAGUUUUAGCUCGCGCUUUGCGGGCGCCGCCGAGAUAUUGAACGAUUUUUGCCGCCGAGAGAGCACGCUCAACGUGGAGAGCGGUCAGAGAGAAAACACCUUUUUGGCCAUAACUUUGGCAGUUUCGUGCGGAAAAAUUUGAUUUUUUGUAGAAACAUUAUUCUUUACGGUUGAAAUAGGCAUGAAACUUUUCGUGCCGAAAUUCGGCAAAAAGUCCCAAAUUUUGGCCGACUUUCGAUCUAAAAAUCUCGGUUGUUUCUGCAAAGCGCGAGCUAGGAUUCCCGCAUAUAUCUUAGAAAAAAUUAUUCUAAAUUUGUGCCAAGUUUCAUCAAAAUCUGAGCGUCACACUUCAAGUACUUCCCUUGUAAGCAGAAGAGCCAUGGAUAAGAUGGACUCAAAAUAUCAAAGUUCCGGGAAGAAAUCAGCCCUGGAUGAAAGCAUGUACGAAGGACCGACCUUGCAAGCCAUGAGGAAGCGAUAUGCAGCGGAAUUGGAGAGUUCGGAAAGUGAAGAGGAACGGGAAAAGGUAGGGACCAAGGAUAAUAUCGGAAGUUCUCACAAGGAAAGUACUUCUAUGUGGUCUGGAGUUACAGAUCGGGACAUAUAUAAAAAAAUUUGCAAAAUUUUUCUGAUUCAGAAUAUGUAUAAAUUAGCUGCCAAAUUUUGGUUUGUAACGGUGAAAAGGCCCUCAGAACUUUUCUCGCAAUACCACGCAAAUGCCCCUUUUUUUACAUUGGAACUAUUAAUUAAGGUGCAGUAUUAAUCAAAUUUGAUAUUUUAAGGCUUGUCAAGGUGCCAGGGUUUACAUUAGCUCAAAAUAAAGCUUUUGGUUUGAUAAAGACUUGGUCAAAAAGGCAUUGUUUUGAGCUAAGGUAAACCCUGACAUCUUGACAAGCCUUAGAAUGUCAAAUUUGAUUAAUACUACACCUUAAUUAGUAGUUCAAAUGUAAAAAAGAGGCAUUUGCAUGGUGUUGCGAGAAAAGUUCUGAGGGGUUUUUCGCCCUUACAAACCAAAAUUGAGCAGCUGAUUUUUACAUAUUCUGAAUCAGAAAAUUUUGCGAUUUUUUUGAUAUAUGUCUCGACCUGUAACUCCAUACCUCGUAAAAGUACUUUCCUUCUCAGGAAUCGUUGCUAAAGGCUGGAGAAGGACGAGAAAGGAGUCGAAGACGAUCCAUGAGAGUAAUCCGGCAAAAUUAUGAAGAUUCGACGCAGAAAUUGCGGCAGCAAGGAAGUCAAAAUGUUAAGAAUAAUAGCACCUUGGAUCGUAAAAUUCAGCAAAGAAGUCAAAGCGCUUAUGAGGUCAGAUGCAAUAAGGCCGCGGAAUGGGUCGAUAAAUCGAGUGCAUUCUUUGACAGCACUGUUGGAAUCUCGGCCAAGUCGAAUAUCCCGAAAGAACUAAAUGAAUACGAUCUGAGUGAAUGGGACACCCUGAACUCGGUCGAGAACUCGUUCAACAACGAGAAGAAACGGUUUGAAGGCUGGGUAAAAGAGGAAUCCGGAGCCGGCGAGAAGAAGGCAGAAAAAAAGGAGGAAAAAAAUAUGGAGAUCCAGGUUCAGAAGCCGGGCCUCAAAGUGGAUGAGAAGGAAGAAAAGAUUGGUAAGAUUUUUAUUUUUUUCUUUGAAUUUUUAGAGUUUAGAAAUGAUUGAUGUGAAAAACGAGGAAACGAGUGAUUUUUUAAGAGAAAUCUGGAAAAUGGGUUAUCAUGACGCAUUUUUUCACGGAAGUUUAGAAAUUUCGAUUUUUGGCAAAGGGAUUUUUUGGCAGACGUAUUUUAGAAGGAAAAUUUUGACUUAUAAAAAAUUUUUUUUUUGAAAUUUUGGACUUGGUACCCCCUUACCAUUUUUUUCUGAAAAAAAUUGGAUUUGUUCCCCCUGGCCAUAUUUUUUUUAUUUUUUUUCAGCCGAAAAUUGUAUGGAGGAUGCGAAACCUCCCUGUCAGAAAGAAACGCCCUUAACCUCGCCAAUCGUUGUUGUCCACCGUCCAGGCGGGCUGGACGUCAUCACCAAUAACCCCAAAUACACGAAGACCCACAGUGUUGUGUGUGAAGUGAGAGUUUUUUUUUUGAAAUUUUGGGAUGUUUUGGAAUUUUUUUUUGAAAAAAUGUUUUAUGAAAUUUUUCAAAAUUUUUUAAACUCUUUAUUUUUGAUUUUUUUUAUUAAUUUUUUUUUCAAAAUUUUUCUAAUUGAAAUUUUUUUUUUGGUAUUUCGAUUUUUUUGAUUUUUUUUUACUUUUUUAUUUACUUUUUUUAUUUUUUUCAGGACAUUCUCAAGUUCAAUUACAAGCCCUUCACCAGCGGACUCACAAACAGUUUUGGCCAAUCCUGGAACACAUUUGAAAAGGUACAUUUCUAGCGAUGUAAAUUGAUUAUAAAUUAAAUUAUGCUGUUAGUUCUAAGUGUUGUUUUUAUUUAUUUUUUCACGUUUUUAACGCUUCAUCAAUAAAUUUCUCAAUUUGCUUUUGUUUUAGCCUCAGCCGACGGUUAUAAAGAAUGUGGAAUGGGACCUCCAAAAUAGUGUUAGAAAAAAUGAAAAGCGAAUUUUGCCGAACCCCGGGAUAACCGAAGCCAAGAAAAGUGACGUCAUUUCUCCGAAAUCUCCGGCGGAAAGCUUGGUAAGUUGAAAAAUAGAUAUCGGGAAAAAAUAAAAGUAAAAAAAAAAUUAAAUUUUCAUAUUGCCAGUGGUUCAAAAAUAUGAAAAAAAGCUAAAAAAUUUUUUGCGAUUUUUUAUUUAUUUUUUUUUUUUUUUUAAUUUUUGAUUUUUUGCUUUUUUUGAGAGUAAAAAUUUUUUUUGUGCCAAAAAAAAUAUUGUUUUUUUUUGCCAAAAAAAAUUUUAUCAAAAUUUUAAAUUUUUUAUUAGCCCUUUUUUCAGGUCACGGUCUCCACGAUUAACAUGCAGUCGAACGCACCCAGCCCGCAGGUCCGCCAACAGAACACCUUUUCCUACACCCAGGACCCCGAAUUUGUCUACGCCCAAUGGACUCGAAUCCUCAUCCUCUGCGGCGACGAUUGGCCAAGUGUCCGCAUCAAGAAGUCCCUGCAUCCGGGCACUUUUAUCCAUAGACUCACCGACACUUCCACACUGAAGCAAUUGGUCGAAUUGCUGAGGAAAUUUGAGUACUCGGAGAAAGUGAAAAGCGUCGGAAUCACGGCCAACAAUCACUGGACUCGACAAGCGCCCGGAAGCUGGGGAUUGAUCGGGGUGAGUGGAAUUUUUUGGCGAGAUUUUUGGGAUUUAUGUUGGAAAAUACAGGGAAAAGUAAUAUUUUUUUGGUAAUUUUUUUGAAUUUUUGAAAAUUUUUCUAAUUUGAACGCUUGAAGUUUACAAAAUUUAUCUUGAUUUUUUAGGUAAAAAAAUUUUGGGCAAGGUUUUGCGAUGAUAGGCCCAAAAACGUUUUUUUUUUGUCUGUCCACUCUCUUCAUUUCAAACACUCUCUCGCCAAAAAAGAUUGUUGAAAAUCUCAGAAGCUCUUGCAAAUAUUGAACUGAAACUUUCAGGGAUUAAUUUAUGGCCUUUUUAGAGUAUUUAUUCAAAAUUUCACAAAAAUUGCCUAAGGGCAUUUAUCCUAAAAUUUGAGAAAAAAAUUUUUUUUUUUUUUUUGAUUUUUAAGAUAAUUUUAGGGAAAAACAAGGGUGUUUAUUGUUUUUUAACACCUUCUGCGAUUUUCUCAGCGAAUUUUGAAAAAAAAUAAAAAAUUUUUUGAAAAUUUUUUCCAAAAAAAAUUUUAAGGACGUCUUCCGAGUGAUCCAAGAGCUCUUCCCGAUGGCCCGUUUUACCAUGACAACAUGUUUCAACACCUACGAAUUUACCGAACCCGCAUUUAAUCGACUUUUGAACAAGAAACUGGCUCACAGCAGGACAACAACCCUCAUUGAUGUGAUAAAGGAGAUAAGUCGAGGAAAUUUGAGGCUGAAAAGACAUCAUUUGGACGAUGACUCGGCCCAACAGCUGUAUAAUUUUAUGCUCGACGUUUAG